AUGAAGUUGGCCGCUUUUUUCAUCGCCAUUGCUGCUGCCCAGUACAACCCCGAUCCUGCUUAUCCAGCAGGAGAUUCCUACCCUGCCCAAACUCCUCAAGUUUCGAACCAAACUCCUCAGGUUUCGAACCAAACUCCACAACAAUCGAACCAAUACCCACAGGAGUCGAACCAGACCCCACAAACUUCGAACCAAUACGCUCAGGAGUCGAACCAAUAUGCUCAACAAUCGAACCAAACUCCUCAGCAGUCGAACCAGUACCCACAACAAUCUAACCAGACCCCACAGGUCUCGAACCAAUACGCUCAAGAGUCGAACCAGUACGCUCAGCAAUCCAACCAGACUCCCCAAACUUCGAACCAGUACGCUCAGGAGUCGAACCAAUAUGCUCAACAAUCGAACCAAACUCCACAGCAGUCGAACCAAUAUCCCCAACAAUCCAACCAGACCCCACAGGUCUCGAACCAAACCCCACAGGAGUCGAACCAGUACCCACAGGGAUCCUACAACGAUGGAUACUCCGCUUCAAGCAGCCAAUACAACGGCAACUACCGACGACGACGAUAA